CAAGGUCAUUCGUUUACUUGCUUCCCAACCGAGUUUCCUUUCCCGUUUUACACAAUCGUUAUAAGAACCAAUACGCUCAUACAGCGCCAAUUUCCCAACACAUCGUACACCAGGGGCCGAGUUGAAAAAUGAAGAACGCGCUGUCGCUCGUCGCCUUGGCUGCUGGCCUCAGCCAGGUCGCGGCUACUGGCUUCGGUUUCCACAACGCUCCCAAGUUCACUUGCCCGGACAACACCGACAACAAGUGCAUUCUCGACCAGGACCGUGGAUUCGACUGGUCUGACCUCCCCUUUGGCGGGUUCGACUCCUACAAGGGGUUCAAAUGGAGCGGCUUCACUUGCAGCGAAAAGUUCGGCAAGCGGGAUCUGCUGACCGGCCGCUCGUUCCAGAGCAAGUGCAUUACCGGCAAGGCUACGAAGGAGAAGAACAACAGCCCUAAGAUUAGCUGCGACAAGGACCAGGGUGUCCAGAAGACCUCGAUCAAGAAGUUCCAGGUUUCGCCCGAGUUCGACUGCGAUCUCGAGUUCCACUACACUCUGCCUGAUGGAUCGUCUUGCAAGCACCGUUCCGCUUGCAAGGCUUCCGGUACCGUUGUCGAGAACACCCAGUGCGGUGGUGCCACUGACGUUACUAUUGUCUACCCCGAACAGCCCAACAAGCCCAAGAAGACUUGUGACUUCGGCAUCCACCACAUCGACUUCGACUGCAACCCGCCCAAGCCCACGAAAUCCUACCCGGUUAUCAGCGCUUCGACCUCCUCGCCAGCCACCAGCUCUAGCAGCGCCGCCAUCCUGAGCUCGACCAGCAGCGUUCCCGCCCAGAGCUCGUCUAGCAGCGUCCCUGGUCAGAGCUCAUCCAGCAGCGUUCCUGCUCAGAGCUCAUCCAGCAGCGUUCCUGCUCAGAGCUCAUCCAGCAGUGUUCCCGCUCAGAGCUCGUCUAGCAGUGUUCCUGCUCAGAGUUCGUCCAGCGUCCCUGCCCAGAGUUCAUCCAGCAGCGUCCCUGCUCAGAGUUCGUCCAGUGUUCCUGCUCAGAGCUCUUCCAGCAGCGUUCCCGCUCAGAGCACCAGCAGCAUCCCUGCUGGCAGCACCAGCUCUUCUGUCGAGAUCCCUUCCUCCUCCGCCAGUGUCCCCGGUGUGCCCUCGUACCCUGGCCAGGGCCAGAGCACUGUCUCUUCGGUCGGUGCCUCUAGCACUCCCGGUUCCAGCAGCUCUGCCGUUGAGACCACGAGUUCCGCUGCCGGCUCUACCAGCUCUGUUGCUAUUCCCGGCACCAGCUCCGGCGCCAUUGUUUCCAGCUCUGCCACUGAGGGCACUAGCUCGACUGCCGCCAUUCCCUCUAGCAGCGCUGUUGUCUCUUCGUUCUCUGUUACCAGCUACCUGACUACCUCCACUGUCUUCACCACCUCGGUCCAGACCAUCACCAGCUGCGGCCCUGAGGUUCCCGAUUGCCCUGCCGGCUCCACCGCCGUCACGACCGUCACCAUUCCCAUCUCGACCACCAUUUGCCCGGUUACUGAGACCAUCGGUGUUUCUACCCCCGCCACCCAGGCUACCCAGUCUGCCUCCGUUCCCGCCCCGGCUGAAUCUACCACGGCGCCGAUUGGAUCGUCUACUGGUGUGCAGCCUAUCGGAUCGUCGACCGUUCCGGCUUCUUCCACCGGCAGCGGCCCUGCUCCCCCCGUCGAGACCCUACCCUGCCCUGAUGUCGUUCCCUCUUGCCUGAACACCUGGCUGUUCGUCGUUGGCUGCAAGGACAACACUGACUCCGCCUGCUACUGCCCUGACACCACCUUCGUCAAGAACAUCUUCACUUGCCUGUACGCCCACGGUGAGACUGACCAGGUCAUCUCCGAGGCUAUUAGCUACUUCCAGGGUAUCUGUGCCCCCUUCGUGCCCACCAACCCUGGUAUUGCCACUGGUGCUGAGACCAUCACCACUGUCCUGACCGCUACUCCUACCGCUCCCCCGGCGUCGGUCACCACCAUCGAGAUUGCCACCACCGUUGUUGUCCCCUGCACCAACGAGGUCGGCGAGGAGAUCCCCAGCUCCAGCAGCACCGUCACGAUCCACACCAGCCUCACCGUCCCCGGUAUCGUGUUCACCACCGUUACCGAUAGCCCCAGCGCCACUAGCGUCGUCAUCGUCCCCGGCACUUACUCUGCCACCGUCCCGGCUGCUACGCCUACCCUGGCUAUCCCGAUCUCGACUCCCGCCGGUGGUGCUCCUCCGUACCCGAUCGCCGCAACCUCGACCUUCUCUACCGCCCCCGCCGGCACUGGAGGCGCCGUGGUUCCGUCCGGCACCGGUACCAACCUCCCGAUCGUCACCGCUGGUGCCGCCCACAUCGGUGCCGGUAUGGGCUUCCUGGGUUUUGCCGGUGCGAUCAUCGUCGCUGCUCUGUAAGUUUGCAGACCUGGCUAUGAGUAUCCAUCGGAGCUUAGCCACGCAGGGCAAUCUUUUCUUUCUCUGUACCAUAUGACCGCUGCGUACCCAUAAGAUUCUUACGAUCCUUACGAAUGAGACUUGCAUAUUUUGGGA